CUGUACUACAUUAGCCGAUUCAUUUCAAUCGCCUGCAUUAAAUUGGCUUGAAGCCUGUUUCUCUACCCUUUAACCAUUAUGUACAUCAACACCCUCUUCGUCUUAUCGCUAGCAGCCGUUGGUGCGCUUGCAGCAACCUCGGCGUCCGAAGCGGCCACCAAGACCACCUCAGCCACCCCUUCUCAUGUCUCGGGUGUCCCUAUUGCAAUCACUCCAGCCGGUCUACCCGACUGUACCAGCACUGCUGCCCGUCAUGCUUGUCCCGGCAUUGCAUUCAUGUGCCCUGACUCUUGCCCAGAUGUUUGCUACAUGAGCAUCACCAAUGCUUGCUGCCCAGGAGCUGGCAACAUCGUUUGUGACAAGAGCCAAAUCUCCAAUUCAACAGUUUCAGGCGCCUCCUCCAGUGCAUCCAUGCAACCUACAGCAGCUGUCAGCAGCGGCAUGGUAAGCGCUAUGCCAUCUGGUAGCGGUUUCGCCUCUGCCGCUCCCUCAGCUCAAGCAUCCCAGCAAAGUGGCUCGGAUCGAAUGUUCGAAACUGCAGCUGUUCUGGCUACCGGCUUGGGAGCCUUGACCAUGGUCAUGACCAACUUGUAAACCAACUCAUGAAGAUAUCUUUACGUGAAAUACCCAACCAUUUUGAAAAUUAUGGCUUGCUCAUUCGUUCGGAACAGCCAGUCAUCAAUAAAGUACUAUCACCGAUUGGAUGAAUGGUAUAUGAAAUAUAAAAUGACCCAUCCUAGGCAAAUGCGCCACCCCAA